CCUCGAGCACAUGACGUCACGUGAACUUGGGAGCUCUUUGCCUUCCCACCCUGUCCCUGCCAAACUAUUGCACUACUGAAGUCUCGAUAUGAACACAGACGACAGCGAAAUUGUAAAAGGCAAAGUUUUGGGAGUUUAUAGCAUUUUCAUGCUCUUUUUUUCUCUCGAGGGAAAGAGGGCCACGCUGGAAUUAUGCAGGCAGGAAAACAAGCGAAGAGAGCAGGAUUAUAACUUUAGUUAAUCUUCACAAAGAGACAAAGGUCAUAAUGAUUGCUGAAGUGAUAUGAAUGGACUCAUUAUGGAUCUUGGCAAUGAAGUGGACCUCUCCAAUAACAAUAUCACUCCUCUCUGGAAAAGACUGAAUAAAAAUGACAUGAAGCCCAAGCCCAGACCGCUCAGUUACCAAAUAGAUGGAGUUCUCAUGAUGGACUUUCCUUUGGAUGAUAGGUGUACUUUCACUCUCACUCAGCCGGCUGAGAAGAUUACCACCACUGCGUCAAACACUACGGUGCUGAAACACACUCUCAACAAACCCGUGAGGACGACUAGGGUUGCUCGGAGCAUCAGUAUUGGAUAUUUAUCGAAUGGACUGUUUUCGCUGUCAAAGUUCUCUAAAUCGGAUGAUGAAAAGGAUGAAGAGGCUACUUCUUCCCCUAAAACAACAUUGGCCAACAAGAAUGGGAAUGUCCUCAGUGUUUGGCGUGACAUAACAGAGCCUUUCAAACGUCUCUCCAGUCAGUUCACUCUCACCUCUCAAAGAGAUCAGAUGGGGAAUGUGUCUCCACUGCCAGGCACUGUUUCACCAAAACAUAUUGUAUCAUCUCAGAACUUCACACGUUCACCUCCACUCCAGUUGCAGGAUGCCCAUGGGUCUCCCGUUGACUUUUGCAGCUCCCCAUCUCACAGUUCCACCUCCAGCAUCCCCUCCAUCUACUCCAACCUUAGCCUCCCCUCAGACCCUCCCACACCCUGCACCCCUUCCCCUGAUGAGAGGACAGUGGGCGUCUUGUUGCAAAGGCAGAGUUCAGAGUCACCUCAGGGUUUAGAGGGCAAGCAGCCAAUCAUACUUAGCACCCAUAGUCCCGCAGCACAGAAGAUCGGCACCCAGCAGAUAUUACCUAGGGGUCUGGAGUCUGACACACGCCUCAGCAAGCCCUCUCAGAUGUUUUUGGACAAUAGUAAAAGUGCCUUCCGACCACGAAGCAUGUUUGAGACUGGGUCUUCUUUCUCCACCGGUAAGGAGGAUGAGCUGGAUGGAGAUGAGAACGCAGGACUGCUGACAAGAGGCCAGCGCUCCAAAUCGUAUCGCCGAGCAGUGGUCAGUGGUGUAGAUAUAGAUGUGCCGUCUUUAGACCCAAAGGCCAAACGAUUGUCCCAGCCUGUGCUAAAAGGAAUCGCUGAGGAGAGACUGUCUUGUGUGAGUCCAUCCAAUAGCAAAAAUGUGGAGAGGAAGAAAGGCCUCCUGACUCAGCGGACAUUUGGCAGUGAGGAGGAAGAAGUUCUGUACCAGAAUUACCAAGAGAAAGCCCUUCACAAUGAUUCUGAUGAGGACACUGAACCUAAACAACCUCAGCCAGAUGAAAGCAUUGUGGUCCAGUACAAACCCAUCCGUUCUUCCUGGAGUCAACUCAGUGUGGUUAAAAAAAGUGGAAAGUUUGAGAAGUUGAGUCAAGAAGAACGAAAGAGACAAGAGGCCAUAUUUGAGGUAAUUUCAUCAGAGCACAGUUACUUACACAGUCUGGAGAUCCUCAUAUGUCUCUUUAAGAACUCAAAUGAGCUCAGCGAGAUCAUUAACAAAACGGACCAUCACCACCUCUUCUCCAACAUUGUUGACGUCUGUGAUGCCAGCAAAAAGUUCUUUAAGGACCUUGAGGAUCGGCACCAGCAGAACAUUGUAAUUAAUGACAUAAGUGACAUAAUUUUAAAGCACGCCCAGUCUAACUUUUACCCCUAUGUGACAUACUGCUCAAAUGAAGUGUACCAGCAGAGAACCCUGCAAAGGCUGCUUAAUAAAAGCCCCUCAAUUAAGGAGGUACUGGCAAGGAUCGAGGCCCACCCAGACUGCCGAAACCUUCCAAUGAUCUCCUUCCUCAUCCUUCCCAUGCAGAGAGUCACACGGCUGCCCCUGUUGAUGGAUACCAUAUGCCAGAAGACGCCCAACGAUUCUGCCUCUUAUGAGGCAUGUAAAAAAGCUCUGCAUGUUGUCAGCAAGCUUGUGAGGAAAUGUAAUGAGGGUGCUCGUACAAUGGAAAGAACAGAAAUGAUGUACACCAUCAAUUCCCAGUUGGAGUUUAAAAUCAAGCCGUUCCCACUGGUGUCAUCCUCCCGCUGGAUGGUGAAACGUGGUGAACUAACAGCUUUUGUAGAGGGAAAUGGCAUCUUUUCCAAAAGAACAUCUCGCCAGCAGGUCUAUUUAUUCCUCUUCAAUGAUGUCCUCAUUGUCACACGAAAGAAAGGUGAGGAGAGUUAUACAGUUAUAGACUACGCACUGAGAGAUCAGAUAUAUGUGGGGUCAUGUCAAGCAGAGGACUUGAAUCUCUCUCCAGUCCGUGGCACUGCAGGAAUGCUGACGUCACGGCAGAACAUUGCCAGCCAUCUGUUCCAGGUCAGAUUCCGCAGCAACCACUCUGGAAACAAAGUCACCAUGAUCUUGGGGGUGGAGCUACUUAACGAGAGAGCCCGCUGGAUCAGCGCUCUGGGACAGAUCAAUAGUAACGACAAGAAUGACAGAAUGAAUACCAUGCAGGUCGAGGUGACAAGGACAUAUACAGCCAGACAGCCGGAUGAGCUCUCUCUACAGGUGGCUGAUGUGGUGUUGGUGUCCCAGACAGUAGACGCUGUUGAGAAGACGCGCUCCGACCGCACUGAUUUCCCAGGGACAACUACUUCAUUGCCAGCUGCGCAAGGCUGGUAUGAAGGAGUGCGUCUGCGGGAUGGAGAGAGGGGCUGGUUCCUGGCUGAGUGCGCUGAACUUAUCACCUGUCAGGCGACCAUUGAGAAAAACAUGCAGAGGAUGGACCGUCUGCAAGGCCUAGAGACCAAUGUCUGAGGCUAAUGUCUGGAGCUCACCCUCCUGAGGAAUGUACAGCACAUGAAGAUGAAUCUAACCACUACAAAGCAGGAACAACUUUAGUAGCUUGAUACAAAGGACAAAUACAACAUAUGUUUUACCCAGUAGCUUUUAUCUGAGCUCAGGGCUCAUUAUGAAACAUUACAUUUUGUGAAAUUGGAGUACCUGUUUAAAGUGAAGGAAAGUUUUAUAACAGCACAAAGUUUUUCACUCUUUGAAUUUACUCAGGGAAAAUGUAAACAUGAAUUAUGCCAUGUAAAUAUGUAUUAGAUAUCUGCAAAUUGUAAAUGUUAAAUUCAGCAUAUCAAUUUAUAUUUGAGAUUAUACAAAAGAUAAUUUCAUUGCCCUUAUUAUCAUGUCCCUUAGCCUAUAUGUGUGCAGUGUUGGGGAAAGUUACUUUUAAAACUAAUGCAUUACAAUGGUUACUUUUUUUAAGAAGUAAUGCAAUAAUUAUGUUACUUAGUUACUUUCUUAUGUAAAGUAAUGCGUUACGUUAGUUUUGCAUUACUUUUUAAAACUGGACAGGGCUUGCUUGCUUGCUUGCUUUUAAAAUAUAAAAAUUAUAUUUUUGGCAAAUAUUAAAGCCUUUUCACACCAACAGUGAAAUUAAUACGCCUCAGAUUGAAAGGAAAGUAAAUUUACGUCCAUACAAUAGAAUGUAGAAGAAAUUUAAACCCACUUCAGCAUUAAAAGAAGACACACAAAUGUUUUUCAAGAGUAAUUUUUGCUUAGUAUGGUUGAACCGGAUAAUUGAAGGUCAGAAGCAAAAACAUUU